AUGGAGACUAUUGAGGAGUUAACUGAUGAGGAUAAUCUGACAAAGGGAUUUGCAAAGACAGCAAAGCGGGGUCAUGGCAGACAGGGAGAUGCUACCAAUACGUCAGACAGCGGUGAGGGGACAGAAGAUACUUUUCCACUUGAAACUCGACCAAUGCAUACCCGGACAGCCAUGGGUGAUUAUAUAGUUCCUGAAGGGGGCAAACCGCUAACCCAGCAUGCCUUUCCUAGUCCAGGUCCUGGACACUACUUGCCAAACCAUGAACUCACGCAGCAAGCAGCACCUCAGUAUUCCAUAGUAGGACGAGGAAAAUAUGAUGGCAAGCAGAAAGCUCCCGGUCCUGGAGACUACAACACGUCCGGAGAUUUGAUAUGGAAUGUCAAGUCUGUCACCUUGAAGGCCAAGGGAAAGAUGAUGAUCACAGAAGAGGUGAUAGAUCCUGAGAACACUAUCGGACCUGCCCAUAAUGUGCGUUACCUCAACACCGGCAAACAUGCUCCGAAACCUAGCAUCUCGUCACGACACCGACCGGAAGCGAACGUGGGACACCCCACCAAUGCACUAUCUGGAACAGCGACAAGUGGCCUUCCCACCCCAGGCCCCAAUGCAUACUCUCCGAAAAUAACUGACAAAGGAAAGUGCAAAUCAUUUGGAAUUCUCCACCGACAUGGACGAUCUGUCCAAGCCUCGUCGCUCGGCCCAGGUCCUGCGGCCUACAGCAUCAGAGAAGAAUCUACCAAGUCAGGGUAUUCACUGGCAAAACGACUACGUGCAGAUUGGCAGGUGUCUAACGGGUCGCCUGCUCCAAACUCUUACAAUGUUGCCAGCAAGAUUGGCAAAGGUUUGGCGAUGUCAAUCCGUAGCCGGCAGCCGUAUGAACACAAAAGUUUUGGACCCAGCCCAAAUUCGUACUUUCUCCGCGACUCUUUGAAGUAUUCGGAUGCUCCCUUCGCUACCAUGACGUACAGACCGUUUGAAUCUGAUGAGGUUUCUACCCCCGGUCCGACUCACUAUAACACUACAGAUAAAACCAUGAGGAAGGCCCCGGUGUACUCCUUCCGGGGCAUCUGCAAAUACCCAAUCCCCCGCCUACUACCGGCCGAAGACACUCCUGGACCUGGGACGUACCUCCGACCUCGAACAUUCACAGACAAUUAUGCCCCUGCACACUCCAUGGGCAGGAGAACUAACCUUAUCAGAGGCUCAGGGAUCGAAGGACCCGGCCCAAACCAUUACAACAUCCGUGCCCUCCACAGACCUGAUGGCAAGAGGGCGCCAAGUUUCACCAUGGCUGGUAGGUGUGACCGUGCGGACAAGCGUAUUGAUGGCCCAGCACCGACGGCCUACACACCUAAGCUGGACACGGAUUCAGGACCAAAGUACAGCAUGACGGCCAGACGCAAGAUGAAGCCAAGAAGUGAAGGUGCUGCUCCGAACUCAUUCACCAUCAAGACGAACCAAACUGUAAAGGGUCGGUUCAGCGGUCCGAAGGCAACGCUCAAAGGUCGAAACACACCUUUUGUAUAUCAAGGAUAUGCUUUCCAGAAUUCUGUUCGUCUUCGGGACGCUUGA